AUGAAGAUCACCGCUCUGAUUACUCUCGCUCUUACGGCCGUUGUUGCGGCUUCUCCUGUCGCUGAACCGGAACUUGUCGAACGUUCCUGCCAGAGCAACUGUGCCUCCCUGGCGUCGAGCUCCUGCUCCAAGUCUUGCGCUUCAAGCCCUAGCUGCUAUACUGCCUGCUACAGCGCCAAGUACGCUGCUUGUGUCCGCGACUACUGCUAG